AUGAUACAUGUUGCUUUUCUCCUCCUGAUCGUCUUCACAGACGGGUCGUCCUCUAAGAAAGUGUGCAGUUACCAGGAUGUCGUGGACUACCUGAACCUGACCACAGAUAAUGGUGCGUAUAAACUCACCCGGCCCGUUCUGGACUACAACCACCUCACCGUGGUGAAGCUGGACAUCCUCCUCUAUGCCAUCCUGGCUGUGAUUGAGAAAACACAAACUUUUAUUCCUUUCGUAUGGGCAACAGUGAUGUGGAACAAUGAACGCAUCAAAUGGGACCCCACUCAGUUUUGUGGAAUCACUCAUAUUUCAGUUCCUACAGAAAUGCUCUGGAAACCAGACCUCUUCAUCUAUGAGAUGAUACAGAAGGACGACUCCCCUCUGAAUCCGUACAUGCUCGUGUCGUACGAAGGGGAGGUCUCCUCUGAACAGGACAUAAGGGUGGUCAGCACCUGCAGGAUGGACGUCCACAAGUUCCCCUUCGACACUCAGAGAUGCAACAUCACCAUUGGAUCUGCGGUACACACUGUUAAUGAGAUGCGUCUCUCUCCUUUCUCCAACUCGUCUCGAGCCACCCAGUUUACCCGAGAGGUGAUAAAGUCUCAGGGAGAGUGGGAGUUCCUCCAACUGUGCGUCACCAGCAACAACUUCACCUACGGGAAUAGACAAUGGGAACAGCUCAUCUACACUUUCACCAUGAAGAGGAGGCCUCUCCUCCAUGUCAUCAACUUCCUGUUGCCCAUCCUGUUCUUCCUGACUCUGGACAUCGCCUCCUUCUUCAUCGCUGACCAUCGAGGAGAGAAGCUGGGCUUCAAAGUCACCGUGCUGCUGGCCAUCUCCGUCCUGCUGCUCAUCCUCAAUGACAUCCUGCCCUCCAUGUCCAACAAGACUCCACUCAUAGCAACCUACUGCAUUGUGAUUUUUGCUCUGAUGCUGCUCAGCCUGCUGGAGACGAUCUUGGUUACGUAUCUUAUGGAGAAAGACUCUGCUUCCUCCGAGAAACUCAGGCUGAGGGACGAGUUGGAGGACAAACAGGAGAAAGUCAAAAUUAAUAACUGUAACACAGUAGAGAAAAGACGAACCUGCUGUUCAUGCAUCUGCAAAGCGUCUGACGGUGAGAAACAACAUGAAUUGCUGCCAGUGGCUGAAGAGGUUAACAACAGCAUUCAGUCACGAGAGUCUCGUGUAUUACUGCUGAUCCUGGAGGAGCUGAAGGAGCUGCAGAAAACUCUGAAUCUACAGCUCAGCUGCAGACACGAAGUGGGGAAGUUCGGACACUGGGCCACAAGAAUCAACAGAGCUUUUUUCAUUUUCUACAUCACCACUGUGUCUCUGUUUCUAUGUCUCAUCUUCAUCGAGUGGAAUAGUUAA